AUGGUCACAUUUCAGCUGAACGUCACUAAAUUGCAGCUUUCUAGCAAACGCCAAGCCAUUGAGAUUUUGUCGCAACAGCUCGAGGAUGCCAAAAAGGAAGCUCAUCAGUUUAAAUUAAUGUCGGAACAAUUAAAGGUUAAGCUAAACGAAAGCGAGAUGCAUAAUCGUAUUCUGGAAACGGAGAUAAGUAACUUGCGCAAGAGAAAUGCAGACCUUUUGGAAGAUAUUAACCUUUUGAAGAAAUCGAUGGACUUCGGGUCCUCUAAAUGCAAAGUAUCACCUUCAAAAGAAAGGCUGCCAUUCGAAACUCAGGCGCGGGAAUCGUUGAUUGAACAGCUUGAAAUCAAGACCUUGGAGUGCCAGCGGAUUAAAAGGGACCUUGAAUUGUGCAACGAAGAAAAGCAAGAGAUUCUCUCUGAGUUGAUUCAUUUCAAGAAGUUAGACGAAAUUGAUGUGAAUGGAGUAAACAACACAAUUGAUGUUGAGAGUGUUCUUCAGGAAAACAAACUGCUCUAUCGUCGGAUCGGUAAGCUAGAAGCUGACAACAAACUAUUGACGCAGGCUCUUACCAAGUACCAGGUAAUUUUGUGA